AUGAAGUUCGCCAUUGUCGCCACCAUCAUCUCCAUGGCUGCUUUUGCCGUUGCUGCUCCCAUUGCUAGCGAGCAAGUCGCCGCCCGCCAGAACCAUGGCAUGUGCGUCAAGUCCGACAACGGCGAGAUUACUCAAAUCCCCAACUGCUAG